ACAUAUGGCAAAACUCCCUCCAAUUCUCCAAGGUUGUAGAAUAUUCGUGAAUGCACGAAUCGACAAUAUAUCCACUUCCGUAACCGGUUAAAUAUAAAGUAUUGUUGUCCAAUCUUUCUAGAAAACAUUUCUGGCAUAUAUAAAAAGAUCAAGGCCAAAGAAGAGAAUACUUAAGUCUGCUAGGAAACUGUUAUAACUGUGUAUGCUAUAAACCGUGAUUUUGCUAACCCUUACCAACCGAAAAAUAGACAUUUGACCAGGAACAGCUAUAAAUUUUGAAUGUCAGUGAAUUCUCAUCAAACGUUAAUAUCUUUCCAAAAAUAUUACUGGUUUCUCAUCAGGCAUUAGUAGUUUUAUGAAAAUAUUAUCUUACUUCAACAGUCCAAUAAUUCAGUGCCUGAAAAAGCUAGCUAUUGUUACAUAGCAAUUGUACGUACAUCAACUUCAAGUUAACUCGCUGGAUAUCAAGGAGACUCUGAACUAGGAAGACGAUUUUAGGCUAUUUAAUUCUGAAGAUGAUCCGUUGUCACCAUCAGUGUCAUCUCUGAUGUCACGUGUUGCUAACCAAAUCAGCAAACAUUUUAUGAUUCGAAUUUUGCUGUGGUUUAUGAUUUCAUUUCUGAUGUUUUUCUGUGCCCUUAUAAGAAUGGGUGAUUGUGUUUUUGCGACUAAAGUUCAGCUGAAUAACAAUACAAUGUUCAAUAAUUCCAACUCCACAAUCUGUGAAGCUUGUGAAUAUCCAUGGCACAAUACCUUUAGUGCGAUUUUAGCCAUGACAGCAACAUCUGUUUUUCUUCGGAUCAAUUAUGUAUUUAAAUUUGUCAUUAAUUCAGUCAGUUUGGCUAUCUACAUUUUGUAUACCAUCAGAGAAGAAGAAAGCAUUGUGGCUGAUAGAAAAGUGUAUUUUUCAGACUGGCACAAGUUGGAUGCAACUGUGAUGAUAAAUCAGUGCAUAUUUCUAGUAAUAAUCUUCGUCACUUUAUUUGUGGUGGAUCGACAGGUUGAAUAUAUUUGUCGACUUGAUUACCUGUGGAAGAACAAAUUCAAUGAAGGUAAAGAAGAAACAAGAAUAAUGGGUCUUGUGAACAGGCUUCUACUACAGAAUAUUCUUCCUGUUCAUGUUACAGAUUAUUACUUGAGCCACAAAAAUUUGCAUUCAGAGGAUUUUAUCUCCCACUAGUCACCAUUCUUCAAUCAACUCACUCUCUU